AUGUCACAUAGAAGGGAAGAAUUAGAAAUUAUAGUUCAUCCUCCAAGUCCAAGCCUAAAAUCUAACGCCAGUGAAUCAGAUCCAGACAUUUCGCCUUCGUCACCUCGGAAUAAUUUAUUUUCACAAGACCAACGGGGAAUUCCAGAUGGAAGAGAGACGACGACAACAUCACCGGAAACAUCGACAAGCUUGUUGGCAGAUAAUAUGUCAACGCAAACUGUUCAAAAUGAGAAAGAGAGAGGAUGCUAUUCAGUAACUUAUCAUAAAGUCAGAAGGAUUAUUGAGAUUUUGACAUGGAUGAGAAUAGGGGUUGCACUUUUACUUUAUCUACUUAUUGUCGUAGAUAUUAUUCAUAUUAGCAAGAAAAAGGAAAAGAAGUAUUGGGUUGAAGUUUUAACCCAGUUAACAAAUGCCGAAUUCACUCUUCUAACAAUAAUUAUGCAUCCAAAACGGAUAAUAAAUUUCCUGCGUGCUACACAAAUUUGGUGGAGUGUAACAAAUAAUACUUCACAUAAAAAAGUAGAGUCUCGUAAAUAUGAUAUCUCUCAAGUCGAGAAAAGUGCCGAUCAUUUGCAAGACACAAAUUCAUAUCAACCACAGGAUCAUAUAAGAGAUUUGCAGAAAAAAGUGCAUGAAAGUUAUUAUUGGUACACUUAUGAAGGAUGUUUUUUGGAGGAAAUACGGAAUCUGUGGUAA